CCAAUCUGGCAUCUCAUGGAGGGACGCUUCAUCCCAGCUCAAAUUCCCGUGGACACUGAGAGCAGCAUCAUAGAGCAGACUGGACCGGCAGAGAGAAGAUCUCAAUGUAUAGCUGAUAAAACUGAGAAAGUGACCAUGUGGAAGAAAGCAGCGGUGUUUUUGCUCCAACUUUCUGUCAUGUCCCACCAUGUGAGCGCGCUGCAGAGAAGAGAGCUUUUCCCCAAUGGGCCACAUAGUGGGGACAUGAUUCUGCAGGAAGGAGACGAUGAAACAUCCCAAGUGAUCACACUGAGUAAACCCAUGUACUUCUACGACACCUCCUUCAGCAAGUUAUAUGUCGCCACCAAUGGCAUCAUCUCACCUCAUGACCUUCCUAUGGAGAAGCAGUACGUUGAUGAUGGCUUUCCCACCGAAUUCCCAGUUAUCGCUCCCUUCCUCGCUGACAUAGACACCAGUAACGGAAAAGGAGCCAUUUACUACCGGCAAACGGAAUCUCCUGCUGUCUUGAAUCGAGUAGCUGCCGAGGUCCAGAAAGGGUUCCCAGGAAGUCAGUUUACACCGACUCAUGCCGUCAUUGCCACAUGGGAAAACGUAGCUGCUUACAAAGAGGACACACGCACUGCUGAUUCAUCCAGACAGGUUAACACGUUCCAAGCGGUGGUGGCUUAUGACGAGGAGAACACCUAUGCUCUGUUCCUCUACCCAGAAGAUGGACUUCAGUUCUUUGGGACUCGUCCCAAAGAGAUGUUCAAUGUGGCGAUCGAGCUUCCUGCGCGUGUCGGCUUCACCAGGGGAGAAGUCUCGUAUCUGUUAUUCGCACGGACCGAGGGGCCUUACUAUAGCCUCACCACCAACGAGCAGUCUAUCAAGAACUUGUACCAGACGAGCAACACCGGCGUGCCUGGAGUUUGGCUCUUCCACAUCGGAAACGCACGACAUUUCAACAACGUGAUUCCAGCAGCAGUUUCAGGCCUUUUACCCGCCGCAGUCUCCCAGAAGCAAGCGCUCCAAACCACCCCCGCAUACCCUCUAGGAGAAUACGAGACAGACGACGAGUCUUUCGAGGACGAACAAGAAUACAGAUUCGAUCGAGAUUUCCCGAACACAGAUGUCACAGAAUUCCAUCAGCCAGGCCACGAUGUUUCUCGGACGAGCGGUCAGAACCAGGAAGCCGAAUCAAAUCCGUCCCCACUCGACCUCUACGAAGCGGAAGCCACUCUGAGCCCUGACCCUCAGACAGAACACACCGCUCCUACAAAUGUUCCUCCGGAGGAUCCUGUGUAUCCGGCACCAGGGCACACUCUUCUGGAGGCGUAUCCCAUCCACCCUGAGGGUGCAGUGGUUAAUGUGGAAGAAGAUGUGAACUUUGACACUGGAGUGUUUCACUAUUCCACUGAAAACAAGGAGACGUGCGAUCGAUUCCAGCAAACCUGUAACCAGGACGCUUACUGCGCCGAUUACACGUCAGGCUACUGCUGCCACUGCCGUGCCGGUUUUUAUGGAAAUGGACGUCAUUGCCUUCCUGACGGUGCUCCUCAACGCGUGAAUGGAAAGGUCAACGGGAUAGUCUCAGUAGGUUUGACCCCAGUGGUAUUGGACAAUAUCGACCUCCAUGUUUACAUCGUAGUGGGUGAUGGUCGAGCGUACACCGCCAUCAGCGAAGUCCCAGAGCCUUUGGGAUGGGCACUAAUGCCUGUCACGCCCAUCGGCGGCCUUUUCGGGUGGCUCUUUGCUCUCAAGCUUCCCAACAGCCAUAAUGGCUUCAACGUUACUGGCGCUGAGUUUACACGCCACGCCGAUGUGACGUUUUCCCCCGGGAACCAGCGGCUCACCAUCGUUCAGAUCGGCAGAGGAUUGGACAGCCAGAACUACCUAAACGUUGAAACUCGUCUGCAGGGCAGUGUGCCGUUCAUACCCCCCGGUGCCAGCAUACAGAUGGAGCCUUUUUCAGAGACGUACCAGUAUUACCCAUCAUUGAUCACAUCCAACUCGGUACGGGAGUUUACCAUAGUGUCCGCAUCGAGCGGAGCGGAAAAAUUCAUCUACCAUCUGAGACAGAACAUCACGUACAGGGACUGCAGGCACACGCAGCAUCCCGGAGCUGAGACGCUGCAGCUCAAUGUCGAGCGAGUCUUUGCUAUGUACGUCAAAGAAGAGCGCGUUCUCAGAUACGCCAUCACCAACAAGAUCGGCCACGUUGGAGGUUACGUCCCGGACCCUGUGAAGGUGAACCCCUGCUACUUAGGAAGCCAUGAUUGUGACACCACAGCACAGUGUGUCCCAGGAGAAGGACAACACUUUACCUGUGUGUGUGCUACUGGAUACACCGGAGAUGGACGCAAUUGCUAUGAUGUGGAUGAGUGUACAGAAGGUCUGAGCUCCUGUGGUAGACAUGCUGAGUGUGUGAAUCUGCCUGGAAGUCACAGCUGCAAGUGCCAGAGUGGUUUUGAAUACGGACAUGACAGUCGCACAUGUAUAGAUGUUGAUGAGUGCCAAAGACAUCCGUGCCACCCUCAUGCUUCCUGCACCAACGCUGUGGGCUCCUUCCAUUGCCGAUGCCAGCCUGGAUUCCACGGGGAUGGCUUCCAGUGUCACCGUCAGCAGAUUGAUGAAGAGCGUCCCAAGACGCAGUGUGAGCACCACAGAGACAGCGCACAGAGUGGAGUGGACGGUUUUCCUUUGGUGGGAGCGUAUGUCCCUCAGUGUGACGAGCAGGGUCACUACAGGUCUCAACAGUGCCAUGCCUCUUCAGGUUACUGCUGGUGUGUGGACAGUAGAGGGCAGGAGAGAGCAGGAACCCGAACCCCACCUGGUACACCAGCUCACAACUGUGACACUCCAGUUGAUGAAGUGCAUCCCAAGACUCGGUGUGAGCACCACAGAGACAGUGCACAAAGAGGAGUGGAAGGUGUACCUGUGCUGGGAGCGUACGUCCCACAGUGUGACGAGGAGGGUCACUACAGGUCUCAACAGUGCCAUGUUUCUACAGGACACUGCUGGUGUGUGGACAAUGAGGGGCGGGAGAGAGCAGGAACCCGCACCCCACCUGGGUCACAACCUACCAAUUGUGAUGCUCCAGAGCGUCCUAAGACUCAGUGUGAACAACAAAGACACGACAUCCAGGGAAGACCUGGUGGAUCGCCACUGGCUGGAGAGUUUAUUCCUGACUGUGAUGAAGAAGGGAACUACAGGCCUCAGCAAUGCGACAGUUCUACAGGACACUGCUGGUGUGUGGACAGUAAGGGGCAAGAAAGAGCAGAUACCCGUACCCUACCUGGUACACCAUCAAUCGACUGUGAUACUCCAGGACGUCCCAAGACUCAGUGUGAGCAGCACAGACACAGCGCACAGCAUGGAGCAGACAGUGCGUUGGGAGCCUUCAUCCCUGAGUGUGAUGAGGAAGGUCGCUACAGGUCUUUACAGUGCCAUGGCUCUACAGGACACUGCUGGUGUGUGGACAAUAGGGGACAGGAAAGAGUGGGCACACGCACACCACCUGGUACCCAACCUACCGACUGUGACGCUCCAGUUCAUCCUGAACGUCCUCAUACUCAAUGUGAACAGCACAGAGAAGCUGAAAAGUCUCGAGUGAAUCGUUUGGAUAUCGUGGGUGCCUACAUCCCUCAAUGUGACCAGGAGGGUCACUAUAGACCUCAGCAGUGCCAUGGUUCUACAGGACACUGCUGGUGUGUGGACAGUAAGGGACAAGAGAGAGCAGGAACCCGUACCAUACCUGGUACACCAUCAAUCGACUGUGAUACUCCAGGACGUCCCAAGACUCAGUGUGAGCAGCACAGACACAGCGCACAGCAUGGAGCAGACAGUGCGUUGGGAGCCUUCAUCCCUGUGUGUGAUGAGGAAGGUCGCUACAGGUCUUUACAGUGCCAUGGCUCUACAGGACACUGCUGGUGUGUGGACAAUAGGGGACAGGAAAGAGUGGGCACACGCACACCACCUGGUACCCAACCUACCGACUGUGACGCUCCAGAACGUCCUAAGACACAGUGUGAGCAGCACAGAGACAGCAUACAUGGCAGAGGCGACGGUUUACCUGUGGUGGGAGCCUUCGUCCCUCAGUGUGAUGAGGAGGGUCGUUACAAGUCAGAACAGUGCCACGGCUCUACAGGACACUGCUGGUGUGUGGACAGUACGGGGCGGGAGAGAGCGGGCACCCGCACGCCACCUGGAACACCGAAUGUCGACUGUGACGCUCCAGAACGUCCUAAGACACAGUGUGAGCAGCACAGAGACAGCAUACAUGGCAGAGGCGACGGUUUACCUGUGGUGGGAGCCUUCGUCCCUCAGUGUGAUGAGGAGGGUCGUUACAAGUCAGAACAGUGCCACGGCUCUACAGGACACUGCUGGUGUGUGGACAGUACGGGGCGGGAGAGAGCGGGCACCCGCACGCCGCCUGGUACACCGAAUGUCGACUGUGACGCUCCAGAACGUCCUAAGACACAGUGUGAGCAGCACAGAGACAGCAUACAUGGCAGAGGCGAUGGUUUACCUUUGGUGGGAGCCUUCGUCCCUCAGUGUGAUGAGGAGGGUCGUUACAAGUCAGAACAGUGCCACGGCUCUACAGGACACUGCUGGUGUGUGGACAGUACGGGGCGGGAGAGAGCGGGCACCCGCACGCCACCUGGAACACCGAAUGUCGACUGUGACGCUCCAGCGCGUCCUAAGACGCUGUGUGAACAGCACAGAGACAGGGCACAGAGCCAAGCACAUGGGUCACCUGGGGUGGGAGCCUUCAUUCCUCAGUGUGACCAGGAGGGACACUACAUGCCUUUACAAUGCCAUGGCUCUACAGGACACUGCUGGUGUGUGGACAGUAGGGGGCAGGAGAGAUCAGGCACCCGUACGCCACCUGGCUCCCCACAGAGGAACUGUGACGCUCCAGUGGAGGUGGUCCCUACUCAGCGUUCGGAGACGGUGUGUGAGCGCUGGCGAGCCAGUCUGAUGCAGCACUAUGGAGGUCGUCCGGGUCCAGAACAUUUUCUUCCCCAGUGUGACGCGUCCGGCGAGUUCACCCCAGUGCAGUGUUACGGCGAUACCAGUUACUGCUGGUGUGUAGACAGAGAUGGCCGAGAAGUUCCCGGGACACGCUCACACGACAAAGUCAAACCUGCCUGUAUUCCAACCGUUCCCCCGCCCACCGUACGUCCAUUGCCCCGCCCAGACGUGACUCCUCCCCCAUCAGGCACUACUUUGCUCUAUGCUCAAGGCCAGCAGAUUGGAGCGCUUCCUCUCAACGGUACACGCAUGGACAAGGAGAGAUCAUCAGUGCUUCUUGCUCUGCAUGGCGCCAUAGUGGUCGGGAUUGACUACGACUGCAGAGAACGGAAGGUUUAUUGGACCGAUCUUGCUGGAAGAACGAUCAGCAGAGCCGCUCUGGAGUCUGGAUCAGAGCCUGAGAUCCUCAUCAAUUCUGGCCUCAUGAGCCCAGAGGGUUUAGCAGUGGAUGAGGUACGAAGGAGGAUGUUCUGGGUGGACAGCACGCCAGAUAAAAUUGAGACGGCCAAACUGGACGGAAGUGACCGGCGCGUUCUGUUCAGCUCGGAUUUGGUUAACCCGAGAGCCAUCGUAGUGGACUCACUCUCAGGAACUCUGUACUGGACCGACUGGAACCGGGAAGCCCCGAAGAUUGAGACCUCCACCGUAGAAGGGCAGAACAGAAGGAUACUAGUACGGGAUGGGAUCGGGCUUCCGAACGCUUUAACGAUUGACCCCACAACACGCCGUAUCUGCUGGGCUGAUGCAGGAACCAAGCGUUUGGAGUGUAUCGCGUCUGAUGGGACGGGACGCCGCGUGAUUCACAGCGAACUGAAUUAUCCAUUCAGCAUGGUGCUGUACGCCAAUCACUUCUACUACACAGACUGGAGGAGGGAUGGAGUCAUCGGUUUAAGUCGAGACUCGAGUCAUUUUACAGACGAGUAUCUGCCUGAUCAGCGUUCACAUCUGUAUGGCAUCACUGUCGCCCCUUCCAGCUGUUUAUAGGGGAGGACGUGAUAACAGAGUCACUGUUAAAUGGUGCUAUUUUUCUGGGAUUUUUUUUUUUAUUAUUUUCACACGUUGGGAAACGCACGCCUCGCUCAGCCGUUACCAAAGCCACUGCGUCAUUAAUACCCCCCACCCCCCCACCCAAAAAGGUCACACUUCUCCUUGUUUAGAUUUGUACAUUUGUUUAAUACCUCAUUUCUUUCUACUGUAUUUUUGUAUGUUUUUUUUAAAUAAUAAUAAAAAAAUAAAUGCCAAAGAGGUCAAAUUAUAGUCAAUUUUUGUGCACAAUGUUCUUGUGUAUAAACAUAUUUAUACACGUGUGCAGCGUCGGAGCCCUCGGCGCACCAACAAGAAGCCGACGCACUGAACUGCGCUGAACGUCGCCGACGUUUUCUUUUACUAAAGUUCCUUUUUAUAUCCUUUUUUUUAAUCUUUUGUAAAAUGUGUGUAUUUAUAACAAUAAAAAGUGAUUCACAAUA